UACUACAUAUACUUUUCUUCUCCGACAGAUCAUUCCGAAUUUUCUCUCUCAAAUCAAGGGAGAGAGAAAAACACAGAGAGACAGAGAGCCAUAACCGUCCGGAGAAAAUGUGUCCGCUGCGAAUAAUUCUGAUCUUCCUCUCCGCUACCCUCGCCGGAUUCUUCGUACUCAGAAACCUCAAGACGCCGCUGCCGAAUUCUGAAGAUGAGAAAGAGAAAGUCGUCGGCGAAGAAUUUGAAUCCUCCAAUGUGGCCGUUCCCCUUUCCUCCAAGGUUUGCAGCGCGGUAGGGAAAGGCUUCUGGACUUGCGUGGACAUGGCGAGUGGAAGGUACUUGUGGAGGAAUUUGGUUUCUUCAUCCGCAUCUUCAAAAGACGAUUGAUUUGAUCGGUAAUCUUGUAAAUGACACUAUUAAUUGAAGACUUUGGUGGUUUUCUUGAAGUUGUUUUUGUGGUGUGUUAUCACUUCUUGAUGCUGAAUUCCUAAUAUGUUCAUUGUAGAAUUAUCCACGCGCUUUAUACAUGAGAAAUUCUAUGGCUCAGAGUUUGUGUUCUCUUAGUUAUUACCAGUGUCUACUAUUUAGGCACAAUACGUCGCCCGUUCUUUCUAAGAAACUGAAAGUAUCCUAAAAAAUGUAAACUUCUCUUCCAAAAACAAUGAGGAGACGAACAAAUUUGAUGAAAGGGAAGAAAUCCAAUUGAAUGGAAAGAAAGACGAGUUCAUGGAUUUCUUUUCCAUCUUGUAAUGAAAUGUUUCCUCGUGUAGGUUUCAAUC